UAUGAAUCUGUGCAGGAAAAUGCCACUUUCUAUUUGCUUCACACUUUUCAAAUAUAGAUGUAGUUUGAAAAUGUAUUAUUUUUCUUAGCCCUCAGUCACAUUUCAGUGUAGUAUAAAUUGUUUCUAGGGAACAGAAUAGCUAUGGAACCAUGCAUAGGUUUUCCCAAUCGUAGUCUUAAAUGCUCUGUCUGUUUUGACAGCUCCUUUCCUGACUGUUCCCAGUGUUAAGAAGCCCCUUCUUUUUCACACUUUAACCAGCUUCAAAUCAAGUGUAGGUGUGUAUGUAGGGGGUUUGUUGUUUUAGAAUACUAGAUUUUACAGGCUGUUAGUCACCAUGAUUGGAAAUCUUUCUGGGCCAAGUAGUGUAAUGGAAACCACUUCUAACCCUCAGACUUCAGAAGAAGAAAAAACUGAGACACCAGCAAGUCAGGAGGUAGUCAGCCCUGAACCAUACAUCAAGCAUCCAUUACAAAACAGGUGGGCGCUCUGGUUCUUUAAAAAUGACAAAAGUAAAACCUGGCAAGCAAAUCUUCGUCUGAUCUCAAAAUUUGAUACUGUGGAAGAUUUUUGGGCAUUAUACAACCAUAUCCAGCUCUCUAGUAACUUAAUGCCUGGUUGUGACUACUCACUUUUUAAGGAUGGUAUUGAGCCCAUGUGGGAAGAUGAGAAGAAUAAACGAGGAGGACGAUGGCUAAUUACAUUAAACAAACAGCAGAGGCGAAGUGACCUCGAUCGCUUCUGGCUAGAGACACUGCUGUGCCUUAUUGGAGAGUCCUUUGAUGACUACAGUGAUGAUGUAUGUGGAGCUGUUGUUAAUGUUAGAGCCAAGGGUGAUAAAAUAGCAAUAUGGACUACUGAAUGUGAAAACAGGGAUGCUGUUACACAUAUAGGGAGAGUAUACAAGGAAAGGUUAGGACUUCCUCCAAAGAUAGUGAUUGGUUAUCAGUCCCAUGCUGACACAGCUACUAAGAGCGGCUCCACCACUAAAAAUAGGUUUGUUGUUUAAGAAGACACCUUCUGAGUAUUUCAUAGGAGACUGCGUCAAGCAAUCGAGAUUUGGGAGCUGAACCAAAGCCUCUAUAAAAGCAGAGUGGACUGCAUUUAAAUCUGAUUUCCAUCUAAAUGUUGCUGAAUUUGUGAAAAGUCUCAUUUGCUUUUGUCUUGUACUUCUGUGUUCAUUUUUUUUCCUCCAUUUUUGGCUGAAGUAACCUUUAUCCAAUCAAAGAAUUUCAGUACACAUUGCCCCUGAAUCCAUAAAGGCUUCCCUUGCCCACUCUGUGAUGCUUCUUAAAAAAGUAACUAUUGUGAAAAAGUAUCCCGAAAACAGUGCCAUUUCUACAGGGGGGGAAACCGACUACUUUUUUCACCUUUGCAUUAUAUGCAAUAACGUGUUUUGCUGGUUUGAAAGAAAAGUAUGAUGCAUACAUUUUUCUAGCAAAUCUUUCUUCAUACAGCAUGGUCAUUGCUGUAACUGAUGCUGAUGGCUGCUAGAUUUAAUUUAUUUGUUUCCCUCUUUGAUAACAUUAGUGAUAUUCUGAUUUCAGUUCUUGCUCAUGUAACAUUGGUGAAGGAUCUGGGAAUAUGACAAAGGUUUAAUAAACAUUAAUUUUGUGCAUUCUUUGGUAAUUAUUUUUGUAACAUCAAAAGCUUUGCUACAAAUUUCAUGCAUUUCAGUCAAAUCAGUGAUAUGUUUGUGUGAUUUCCUGAACAUAAUUGUGGAUUUUUUAAAAUGU